AUGUUUGCAAAUCAUGGAAGGUUAUUUCGUACAUCUAUGCCAGAAUUAUCAGGAAUCGAAACAACGAUAGAGAUACACAAGAAGGGUUUUAACGUAUUGGAACAAAAUCGUAACAUACCAAUCAUAGCUUAUACAACAAAUCCUUGCGAAGAACGAUUUUUUGAAGCUGGAAUGAACGGAUGGGUCGGAAAACCAGCAAAGCAUUGGAUGGUUCGAAAAGAAUUGGAGAGGCUUUUAUUUGAGGUGAUGCUUGAUAUUUCGAUAGAUCCUGUAUAUUGA